CUCUCUCUCUCUCUCUCUCGCUCUCUCUUUCUCUCUGUCUGUAUCUCUGUCUACUUCCGAGUGCUUAAAGCUUCCAAAACACUCCCUCUUCAAACACACACACACAUAGACAUCCUGCUUGGUGUGCACCUCGCGCUCCACUCAGUUUUAUCUUUUAUUCACUUCACGCGCUCCUUUACCGGAUUGGAAGUGAAACUCUUCUGCUUUGAUCACCGUUUCAACAUUUUCGAAACCGUUUCGGGAUUGCUUGACUGAUACAUAUAUCUGCUGCAUCGCGCGCUGCCUGUUACGACUUGUAAGCGCCGUGUGUGUGUGUGUGUGUGUUUGCGUUUGCGCGCGCACUUCCAGGUGCACUUCGGGCGCGGUCUGAGUGCGGAAAGCUGUCGCGAGCGUGCCACCAGUGCCAUGGCUGUGAACGAGAGAGCCGCGCGAGCUCUGAGAGACAUCCUCAAACGGCAAGGCAACGAAACCUGCGCGGACUGCGGCGCUCCCGACCCAGAAUGGGGAUCCUGUUCCUUGGGAGUGUUUAUUUGUCUCAUUUGUUCCGGCAUCCACCGAAACAUUCCCAACAUCGGAAAGGUCAAAUCUGUCCUCCUGUCCCACUGGGAGGACUCAGAAGUUCAGUUCAUGGCGGAGAAUGGAAACGAAGCAACCAAAAGUAAAUUCGAGUCUUACGUGCCGGUGUACUACUACAAACCCACUCACAAAGACUGCCAAGUCCUGAAAGAGCAGUGGAUCAGAGCUAAGUACGAGCGGCAGGAAUUUACCCCAGACAGGAAGCCGCUGGUGUACGAAGGAGGGACCAGAGACGGUGUGCUAAUGAAGAGGGGGCGAGACAACGGGCAGUUCUUGAGCAGACGCUUCGUGCUGUCCGAAAGAGAAGGGACACUUAAGUACUACACAAAGUUUGAUGCUAAAGAACCUAAAGCUGUAAUAAAGGUGGACACUAUCAAUGCCUCGUUCCAGCCUGAGAAAAUUGGGAACCCUAAUGGCCUCCAGAUCACAUACCUUAAAGACUACAACACGCGCAAUAUCUUCCUCUACCAUGACAACAGCAAGGAAAUAGUGGACUGGUUUAACUCGAUUCGAGCCGUCCAGCUACACUACCUGAAAGUAGCUUUCCCUGGUGCCUCCGAGAUUGAAUUAAAACCCAAACUGACACGGAACUUCCUGAAAGAGGGCUACAUGGAGAAGACAGGACCAAGGCAAACGGAGGGUUUUAAGAAGCGCUGGUUCACCCUGGACCACAGGAGAUUAAUGUACUUUAAGGAUCCUCUGGAUGCAUUUGCUAAAGGCGAGGUGUUCCUGGGUCACAAAGAUCUGGGUUACAGUGUCAGUCCCGGCUUACCAGCCAGCACUCAAUGCAACGGAGCCUGGCAACAUGGCAUCACCAUAGUGACACCCGAGCGCAGUUUUCUGUUCACCUGUGAGACUGAGCCAGAGCAGCUGGAUUGGCUGAAGCACUUUAAUCACGUCAUUAACCUGCAGAUGUCGCCACAGGAAUACAGCAUGGAGGCCCUGUUGAAGCGUAAACACUGACGGACCCACGCUCCUCUCUCAGCCCCAGCUUGACCUAUCACCUCUUGACUUUGAGAAUUAAACACUACUUCUUUAUUUUUAUACAUUGGAGUACUUUUACAGCUAGUGUAUUUCCUGUAAUUACCAAGCUAAGCAGCCAAGGAGAUCAAGAUGCGUUCUUGUAACAGUCACUUUUUUGGUUCCUUUUUUUUUUUUUUAAUGUAUUUGUUUUUGUUAUGAUACCGGAUUGUGUUUGUGUGCUAUAAAAGUUAUUAAUUCUUAAUCUAAUCUUCCAAACGAUUGAUGUUAAAUACUGAACACAAUAACUAUGUUCUAGUUUAAAUGGCUCUGGCAGAGAGCAGAUUGCAUUUGUUUUGUCCUGGAAUGCCCUCUACUGGUCAAGUUAUGCCAUGUAGUGCUUAAGGGGAAAAAACAAAAACAAUAAAUAAACCAUGCAUGACCUGUAUAUCAAUAUUCAUGAUUGAUAUGUGAUCUUCAGUUCAGAAAUUUUUUUUUAUUUAAUUGUCCAGUUUGAAAACAUUGAAUAAAAAAGUUAAUUGUUUCCUACAUUAACUACAACAUGGUUCAACUACUUGCUUAUCGCAACACCAGUAGAAAUUCAUUUCCUAAAGACAGUGAUGCGGCAGCACUUUAACCCUAUGGUGAAGAAUAAACCACCUUACAACCAGCCUACAGACUUGCAUACACUGUUCAGUUUUGUUUUUGCUAGUGCAUGUAAGUUGUCAUCCAUCAUAAAAUAAAUUGGUUCUUCCCACUUUAUUUAUAACAGCCAAUCAGAGACCUAGUUGUGUUGUGCGCUCCUCACCCAGCAAAUUCACCUAUUGGCCAUGUGCAUGACAAGAAAAAUAAAUUAGUGGAAGUGAAACGACUGUCGUCUUUGCACAAAGUAUGCGCCUAUUAAAGGCCAUCUUAGUUGCGCUAGCGAAACCAGAUGUUAUCACAAAUACAAACCUUAUCGUUCCUUUAACUGUGCCUCAUGCAGACUUUCACAUGUUGCCAAACACAAAUGUAUGACAUGCAGUGUAAUUAUGUUUUGAUAUAUUUUUUUUAUCAUAACAAUUUAUCAUUUACUUUUGUAUAAAAAUUACUUCACAAGAUGUUUAUUCAUGAGAAAAAUACAACUUGAAUCUUAAAUCUUUGCAAUAAACACACUG